UGGAGGUGAAUCACUUGCCCUGUGUGUGAUUAAUGGAGUUUGCGGUGUUCAAAUGUGCGCAAUCUUUACUAUGAGGUUCCUCACGGUGAAAGCAACAAGUGGAGUCACGCUCGAGCACAGAUAAGGUGGGAAGGCAGCAGAUAAGGGCAGAUAAGAAGAAAGAGGGAGGAGACAAGGAAAGAGAAACUCCUCCUCUCCUCUCCUGGAACGUGCCACAGUGAAUCUGACAGCUACAGAAAGGAGGGCGGAGGACAGAGAGAGGAACGAGAGACAUGAAGGAAUACAGAAUGUAGAAGACUUUUUUCAAGGAGGAAAAAGUCUCAUAUAGAAGAAACUCCAGAGGAAAUAAGAAAGCCACCAGCUGUCGCCAAGAAGAGGAAGCAUGAGACCCUGCUAACACGGCAUUCCUUCGUUAUCCGUGCAUUUCUCUCACAAGAAGUCUUCUGUCCUUCAUUCUUUCACCCAGCGCUACUACUGACCAGAGGGUGAGUGUGUCAAAGGGUGCGGCGAAUCUGUAUUAAGCUGUCAGCCACAUACUGUGAGGGGAAACAAGUGAGGGGAAACAAGGAACUGUGAGGUCAUCAUGGCUUUGAACUACCCAGCCCUCACUUCAGCCCCUCACUUCAACAUCAGCCCUCCCUUGCACUCAUCCAGCCCCCUCACGUCCUCUUCCCCCUUAUCCAGCUCCUUCACUCCCUCCAGUCCUACGGAGACCAUCAUGAGUAACAAUAGUGGAACCAUAGGGGGUGCCCUCAUCCUUACCAUCGUCUUCCUCCUUGGUGUUCCCGGCAACCUGUUUGUCAUCUGGAGCAUCGUGGCCCGGGCACGCCGCCGCUCCGUCACCACCCUCCUAAUCCUCAACCUGGCCUGUGCAGAUGGAAUGCUGAUGGUGCUGACGCCCUUCUUCAUCGUCUACCUGGUCAAGAGAGGCUGGGUCUUUGGCCUUCCCAUGUGCAAGGUGACUUUCUACCUCUGCUGUGCCAACAUGUAUGCUUCCAUAUUCCUGAUCACACUGAUGAGCCUGCACAGGCUGGUGGCGGUGGUGUGGCCACAGCACCUCAGAGGAUUGACCACUCGGAGGAUGGUGGUACGGGUACUGCCGGUGAUUUGGUUUCUGGCCCUAGCUCUGGCUGUACCUGUUUUGAUCUUCAGAGAACUGACUCCGAGGAGAACUGAAGAGACUGAACACACUGGGAUGAAAAGUCUGGUGUGUGACUGCAAACACCCUCAUUCAGGAUAUGUUGUAAUGCAGUACGGUAUGGAGACAUUCCUGGGGUUCUUGCUGCCGUAUGCGUUGAUCCUGGGCAGUUACUUGUGCAUCCUCCGCAAAAUUCGCAGGACAAAGUUCCAGAGGCGCAUACGCAGCGAGAAACUAAUUCUGGCCAUCGUCAUCACCUUUUGCCUCUUCUGGCUGCCUUACCACAUCAUCAACAUGGUGCAGGUCGCAGAGGCGUUAUCCCCAGCAAACUCUCAUUUAAAAAAAAAACUGAAUAAUAUCUGGAUGUCUCUGCGAGCCCUUACUUCCACAGUGGCCUUCGUCAGCAGCUGUUUUAACCCUGUCCUCUACACCCUGGUCGGAAAGGCCUACAUCCGGCCUGCAGGAUUGGCCUUCAUGGCACGUCUCUUUGAGGCUGCAGGCUUCGACUCAACAUCCCGCAAAACCCAUCAGAACAGCCAGAACAGCCGGGAUCGCAACGGGGACAAAGAGGAGAACGAGGAACUCCGCAAUAAAGAAACUGAAUCCACCACAAGCGGCAACACCAGCUCCAAUGUCAAAGUUGUAAGCAUAAAAAAUGGGAAGUAGUUGUAUAUAGGACUGGACUGGACUAACGUUCACUUAUUGGACUGUAGUGCUUACUGUUCACUUUAGUUUUUCCUACCGUCAAGCCAGCCAGUUUUCUCUGUCCACAGUUGCAUUGUUUUGCAGGAACUAUUGUGAGGUUGGACAAACGUUAUAGAAUCCUGGCAAAAAUCCUGUUCAAUCUAACGAGAGAUUGUAGUACUCAGUUAUUAAAAAUAAAGGUUUCUUUGGAGUGAUGUCAUAGAGAAACCACUUAGAGGUUCACUAAAGAGUCGUUCAAAGGAUGAUUCUUCAAAAAACACUCAAUUGAAAUGUCCAUUAAGGAAUCAAGAGUGGUUUUUGAGCAGCUGCAAAAAAACAGUUUGGCUUAGUAGUGUAGCAUUUGAGUAGCAAGUGUGCUACAGUCUCUGGCUUUGCAGAGGAAUUCCACCAUUUUCUACAUAAUUAAAUUAAGAGUGGUUAGAUGUGAAACCUUCUAGGGAAACCUUUUAAGUCAGACUUCUUCAGCUCAGUAGUGUAGCAUUUUAUGUAGCAUUUCUAAAUUUCUGAUUUGGUUGAAUAGGAUUUUUGCUAUAGGUCAAAUAGAGUUGCCAGUUUGUAGGUCUCUCUGUCUGGUAACAUGUUGCAACAUGUUGCUUUGGCCAGAAAAACAUGGAUAUGCCUGGACUUGGAUCCUACAGGAUGUGGGAAUAUUGUACCAUGUAGAAGUAUUUGCGUCACCCGACUGGUACAAUUUUAAUGACUCUACUGCCUCCCUCAGGACAUUUUUUUUCAAAGAUGUGCCAGAAAAACACCCACAUCUCCAGGCUUGUGCUGUUCACCGAAGAGGAUGCUUCCACUGACUCAUGUUGCUCUAAUUUCCGAUCCUUCCAUCAU